GACCCCGGGCAGGAAGUGCUGCUGUGUUUUGGCUGCACAUGGUUUUGUACAGUAUGGAUGAGCACGUCGAGCUGCUGUUUGGUUGUUACGAGCAGAUAUUGUUUGGAUACCGAGUGACCCCGGAUGGAGAGCAAUGGACAGCCACAGUAGAUUUCACCAAUCAUUCCCACACAGCCUCCUUAUCUGUGGUAGCCGUAAAUAACAGAUUUGUAGCCACUGGAAGCAAAGAUGAGACAAUUCAUAUCUAUGAUAUAAAGAAGAAGGUUGAACAUGGUUCCCUACUACAUCACAAUGGUAGUAUCACGUGCUUGGAGUUCUUUGGCAGUACCCACCUAUUAAGUGGAGCUGAAGAUGGAUUGAUGUGUGUGUGGAACACCAAGAAGUGGGAAUGCCAGCAGACCUUUAAAGCUCACAAGGGUCAUGUUUUAUCUCUGUCAAUCCAUCCAUCUGGAAAACUAGCACUAUCUGUUGGCACAGAUAAAACCUUAAGAACCUGGAACCUUGUUGAUGGUCGUUCUGCUUUUGUUAAAAACAUAAAGCAAAAUGCACAUAUAGUUAAGUGGUCCCCUAGUGGAGACAAAUAUGUUGUGGUGAUAAAUGACAAAGCCGAUGUGUACAGACUUGAAACCGCAUCAGUUAUUGGUACAGUCAAGAAUCCAAAGAGGAUAUCUUCAGUACAGUUCAUCACUGAUACCUUCCUGGCUGUGGCUGGAGAUGAUGAUUUUAUCAGAAUGUAUGAUGUAGACUCCCAAAAAUGCCUCUGUGAAUUCAAAGCUCAUGAAACCAGAGUGAAAAGCAUCCACUUUUUUGAAUAUAAAGGAUCUUCUAUUAUUGUGUCCUCAUCAAGUGAUGGUUAUGUUAAGAUGUGGAGCUUAGAUGUAUAUAAGAUGGAUACUGCACCUACGUUGAUUUGUGAAGUUAGCACAUCAGCCCGGCUCACAUGUCUUUCAGUAUGGCAUCCUGAAGUCAAUGACAGCAGAGCAGAAAAGCCAGGCUCUGCAGCUGCGUCUGAAAAAGAAUCAGAAUGUCCCAAGAAAAGAAAGGUUGCCAAGGAGCAAAGUGAGAAAACAAGUCCAGAGGAACAAAGUGAGGACCUGGCGGUGCACAAGAAGAGGAAACUUACAGCUAAACAGAAACUAAAGAAGAAAAAAAACAAGGACUAAGCCUCACAUGUGAAUAGUGGUUAUACAGUGAAACAAUAAAAAAAAAUAUUUUGUGAUAAAUUACAUUAUUUUUAUUUUUAUUUUUUUUAAUUCUAUUUCACUUUGUACCUGUCUAGCAAGCUGUAUAUCAUAUAAUACAUGCAAUAGGACAUGGAAGGUGUACGGUUACCAGACUUCCAUAGUAAAACAUAUGAAACUCCAUUUUAUUUUUAUUGCUACUAAUAUAUAUAAACAAAAAAAAUUUACACUCAUUCCUUUCCUGUACCAGUACAGUAAACUAUUCUCUCUGCAUAGAAGUAUUCUUAGGAUCAGUUAUGUAGAACGUAUCCAUAUCAGGUCAGUCUUGCCAGUUAGCUACAGGAUUGUGUGACCUAGGACAUGUGUGGGGUCAAUACACAGAUUCAUGUACUGAUUGAACAGGACUAGUAUACAAUAGCUUCUUCACUGUGUUUGUGUUUUUGUUACAUGGAGAGUCAGUCAUUAGGUGACGUCUAACAUGGCUCCUUAACCCCUUAAGGACACGUGCCGUAAAUGUACGGCUCUACAUAGCUCUAUUUAAUGCACAUCGCCGUACAUUUACGGCGUGGCUGUGCCACGUCAGCAGACCAGAGCAGAAGAUCGCCAAUAAUACUGAUCAGUGCUAUGCCCUAUGCAUAGCACUGAACAGUAUUAGCAAUCUAAUGAUUGCAAUAAAUAGUCCCUUAUGGGGACUAACGGUAGCCGGGACCUGUGGCUAAUAGUGGACGUCACUGAUCGCGGUGACGUGCACUAUUUAUCCUUUAGACGCUGUGAUCAAAGUUGAUCGCCGCGUCUAAAGGGAAAAAAAUAUAUAGUAUUCCCGGCUCAGUCGGGCUGAUCGGGCCCACCGCAGUGAAACCGCGGUGCCCCGAUCAGCUAGGAGGGUCCCUUACCUGCCUCCAACGUGUCUGAUCGGCGAUUGAUUGCUCAUGCCUUGAUCUCAGGCUUGGAGCAAUCGACCGCCGAUAACACUGAUCAAUGCUAUGGCAAAGCAUUGACCAGUGCUGGCAAUCAAUGUACUGCAUGUUAUAGUCCCCUAUGGGGCUAUAACAUUUAAAAAAAAAAAGUGUUAAAAGAGUUAAUAAAUGAUUUAACCCCUUCCCUAACAAAGGUUUCUCACCGCCCCUUUUCCCAUUUAAACAUGUGGUGUCGCGGCGUGUGUAAAUGUCCAAACUGUAAAAAUAAAACAGCAUGGUAAAUGGCAUACACGUAAAAAAAAUUCCAUAGUCCAAAAAAGCGUAUUUGUGGUCCGCUUUUUAUUCAUUUUUAUAUGGUAUAAAAAGUAUCAAAAAGUCAGAUCAAAACUAAAAUGGUACCGAUAAAAACUUCAGAUCACGCCACAAAACAAUGAGCCAUCAUACAUCCCCAUAUGCGGAAAAAUAAAAAAGUUAUAGCGGUCAGAAGAGGACUUUUUAAACGUAUUUUCGUGUAUUUAGUUUAGAUUUUUUCCAGAAGUAAGACAAAAUCGAACUUACAGUCAUGGCCGUAAAUGUUGGCACCCCUGAAAUUUAACCCUAAAGUAUUUCUCACAGAAAAGGAUUGCAGUAACACAUGUUUAUUACCUUUGUGUGUAUUGGAACUAAACCAUAAAAGGGAGGAAAAAAAACAAAGUGGACAUAAUGUCACACCAAACUUCAAAAAUGGGCAGGACAAAAUUAUUGCUAUCCUUAACUUAAUAUUUGGUUGCACACCCUUUGGAAAAAAAUAACUGAAAUCAGCCGCUUCCUAUAACCAUCAAUAAGCUUCUUAUACCUCUCAGCCGGAAUGUUGGAUCACUCUUCCUUUGCAAACUGCUCCAGGUCUCUCUUAUUGGAAGGGCGCCUUUUACCAACAGCAAUUUUAAGAUCCCUCCACAGGGGUUCAAUGGGAUUUAGAUCUGGACUCAUUGCUGGCCACUUCAGAACUCUCCAGCGCUUUAUUGCUAUCCAUUUCUGGGUGCUUUUUGACGUAUGUUUGUGGUCAUUUUCCUGCUGAAAAACCCAAGAUCUUGGAUGCAAACCCAGCAUUCUGACACUGGGCUGUACAGUGCAACCCAAAAUCUGUUGGUAAUCCUUAGAUUUCAUGAUGCCUUGCACAAAUUCAAGGCACCUAGUGCCAGAGGCAGCAAAACAACCCCGAAACAUCAUUGAACCUCCACCAUAUUUCACUGUAGGUACUGUGUUCUUCUCUUUGUAGACCUCAUUCUGUUUUCGGUAAACAGUAGAAUUUGCUUUACCAAAAAGCUCUAUCUUGGUCUCAUCUGUCCACAAGACGUCUUCCCAGAAAGAUUUUGGCUUACUCAAGUUCAUUUUGGAAAAAUGUGUAAGCAGUGGGGUGCUCCUGGGUCUCCUGCUAUAGCGUUUCAUUCAUUUAAAUGUCGACAGUUUGCGCUGACAGUGAUGCUCACUGAGCCUGCAGGACAGCUUAAAUAUCUUUGGAACUUGUUUGGGGCUGCUUAUCCACCAUCUGGACUAUCCUGCGUUGACACGUUGACUAUUUUUCUCUUUCGUCCACCCCCAGGGAGAUUAGCUACAGUGUCAUGGGUUGCAAACUUCUUGAUAAUGUUGUGCACUGCGAACAAAGGCAAAUCUAGAUCUCUGGAUAUGGACUUGUAACCUUGAGAUUGUUAAUAUUUUUCCACAAUUUCGGUUCUCAAGUCCUCAGACAGUUCUCUUCUCCUCUUUCUGUUGUCCAGAACAGAAGUGGCACACACACAGACACACAAUGCAAAGACUAAGUGAACUUUUCUCCUUUUUAUCUGCUUUCAGGUGUGAUUUUUAUAUUGCCCACACCUGUUACUUGCCCCAGGUGAGUUUAACCCCUUAAGGACCCGGGGUUUUUCCAUUUUUGCAUUUUUGUUUUUUCCUCCUUACCUUUAAAAAAUCAUAACUUUCAAUUUUGCACCUAAAAAUCCAUAUGAUGGCUUAUUUUUUGCACCACCAAUUCUACUUUGUAAUGACGUCAGUCAUUUUACCCAAAAAUCCUCGGCGAAACGGAAAAAAAAAUCAUUGAGACAAAAUUGAAAAAAAAAACACCAUUUUGUAAAUUUUGGGGGCUUCUGUUUCUACACAGUACAUUUUUCAGUAAAAAUGACACUUCUCUGUAUUCUGUAGGUCCAUACGAUUAAAAUGAUACCCUACUUAUACAGGUUUUAUUUUGUCGUACUUCUGGAAAAAAUCAUAACUACAUGCAGGAAAAUUAAUACAUUUUUAAAAUUGUCAUCUUCUGACCCCUAUAACUUUUUUUAUUUUUCUUGUUUUAUGGGGCGGUAUGAAGGCUCCUUUAUUUUUAUUUUUUUUGCAUUUUCAUUUUUUUUAAUUCAUUUUUUCAUGAUAUAAAAAGUGACCAAAAAUGCACUAUUUUGGACUUUGGAAUUUUUUUUACGCAUACGCCAUUGACAGUGCGGUUUAAUUAACGAUAUAUUUUUAUAAUUUCCGCAUGGGGCAAUACCACAUGUUUAUUUUUAUUAUUUAUUUUUUAUUUUAUGGGAAAAGAGGGGUGAUUCAAACUUUUAUUAGGGAAGGGGUUAAAUUACCUUCCCUUUUUUUUUUAGCUUUUUUUUUUGCAGUGUUAUAGCUCCCAUAGGGACCUAUAACACUGCACACACUGAUCUUUUACAUUGAUCAGUGGUUUCUCAUAAGAAACCAGUGAUCGAUGAUUCUGCUGCUUGACUGCUCAUGCCUGGAUCUCAGGCACUGAGCAGUCAUUCGGCGAUCGGACAGCGAGGAGGCAGGUAGGGAUCCUCCAGCUGUCAUGUAAGCUGUUCGGGAUGCCGCGAUUUCGCCGCGGCGAUCCUGAACAGCUCCCUGAGCUAACCGACAUGGUUUCACUUUAGACGUGGCGUUCAACUUUGAACGCCGCGUCUAAAGGGUUAAUAGCACGCUGCACCGCGAUCAAUGCCGCGCGCUAUUAGCCACAGGUCCCGGCCUCUAACAGGCCAGGCCCGACCUGCUAUGCCGUGGCCCCGCGUUAUAGAUCGGGAGCCUUAAUUUUCGUUUUUUUCCUUCUUGCCUUCUAAAAAUCAUAACUCUUAUAUUUUCAUCCACAGACUAGUAUGAGGGCUUGUUUUUGGCUCGACCAGUUGUCCUUUGUAAUGACCACUCACUUUACCAUAAAAUGUAUGGCGCAACCAAAAAAAUACUAUUUGUGUGGGGAAAUUGAAAGUUUUGGAAAGUUUCGUUUUCAUGCUGUACACUUUACAGUAAAAAUGACAUGUUUUCUUUAUUCGGUGGGUCAAUACGAUUAAAAUGAUACUCAUGAUUACAUACUUUUCUAUCAUACCGCUUAAAAAAAAAGGAACUUUUUAACCAAAUUAGUGAGCUUAAAAUCCCUCUAUUUUGCUGACUAGAGAUGAGCGAACUUGAUUCGUCACGAA